ACCGAGCCAUAAUGGACAUGAGUGACGAAAAUACAAAGGCCAGUUACCUUGACUGGUCCAACGCUUUCAAGCAAGAAUGCAGCUCCGUCUAUGUUUCUAACGGAGAUGCGGCCCUUGCCGCGAGCGAUUACGACAGGGCUAUCAACUUAUACUCUGCGGCGAUUGACCUCAAUUCUGAGAGUGACACCGCAUUCUCCAGCCGCAGCAAGGCCAAGUUGGAGAAAAUGCUAUGGGAAGAUGCGCUUCUCGAUGCGCAAAAGGCCAUCAAACUCAACCCUGUGUCUCAUGUUGGAUACGCAGUGAAGCAUGCGGCACUUCAUGGUGCAUGACGGUACGAUGAAGCGAUCGAGGCCUUCGAAAUGAUGCUUUCCAAAUUGGACAGUGCUCCCAACAUGCAAAUACGAAAGCUGCGCGAGACAUUUGGUAGUCCCUCCAAAGCUGCGGCUGAUCUUCGAAAGGUCAUUGACAAUCAACUCGACACCGCCCCGCUCCGUCUAGUCAACACCGCCACCGGUCUCUUGUCUGACCGAGAAGCGCAGAUCAACUUCUUCAAACAGAGCACAGAAUACAAUGAGCUGCUAUUAUCUUCUAUUAUGAAGCAUCAAGACUUCCCACCAGAGCGUAUCGCAAAAGUGGUGGCGAAGUAUUUCCGCUAUGCCAUGCUAUCACAUAGGUGGGAAGGGAAGGAGCCGGUGCUAGAGGACAUUCAGGACAAGGACGUGUACAAGCUGAACCAAGUUGGCGGUAUCAUGAAGUUGCAGUCUUUCUGCAACACCGCUCGUGACGCGGGGUAUCUCUGGGCAUGGAGUGACACAUGCUGCAUCAAGAAGAGUGACCCUGCCGAGUUCGAAACAUCAAUCAAAUCCAUGUUUAUCUGGUAUCACCACUCGGCUCUUACGAUCGUCUACCUGUCAGAUGUUUCAUCAGAGUCUGGCGCACUGGCAGACAGUGUUUGGAAUGAACGCGGAUGGACGGUCCAAGAAUUCCUCGCUCCUCAUGCCAUUCUCUUUUAUUGUAACAAUUGGACUCUAUAUCUCGACGAUCGCACUCCCAACCACAAGGAGUCCGACAACAUCAUGCGGGAGUUGGAGCGUGCGACGGGCAUAGAUCGACGAGUCAUCCAGGCCUUCAGUCCUGGGACGAGAGACGCCCGGAAGAAACUCCAGUGGGCGUCGAAACGUGCCACAACGGUGGAGGAAGACAUUGCAUACUCGUUAUAUGGCAUCUUCGACGUCCGCCUUGUAGGCCUGGAUUAUGGCGAGAAGAAGCAGCACGCACUCGGACGGCUCCUGCGGGAAAUCAUAGCUCAGUCGGGCGACAUUACUGCUCUGGACUGGAUCGGAACAUCAUCAGUGUUCAAUAGUUGCCUACCCGCCGACAUCUCCUCGUACGAAUUUCCGCCAUGCGCACAGCCAUCUGUAUCCGAGGAUGAGAUUAAGUCAUCGCUCUCCUCACUGCGAGGUAUUGUCGCUCCAGAGUCAGCUUUGAAAUUAUAUCAGACACUUGACCGCCUGAGCACUCCCCGUUUCGCGCACCGCCGGUUGCUUCUGCCUUGCAUCGUGUUCCCUGUCACAGAAGCCUCGCGGAGGCCUGGUCAAGACCAUGACACAUAUGAAGUCAAGGCGGAUGGGAUUCAUGACCUGCACAUCACCAUUAAAGACAAGUUCAUCCCCUUCUCGCAGGCAAGGCCGCCGCCCACCUGGCAGACACUGUUGCUUGUGCGUCCAUGGAGUCGUGAUCUCCUUGGGUUGCCUAACCUUGGAGAACUACUUGAUGUCGGAGACGAUACACAGAACGAGGAUAAUCUUUGGUCGUCAAGCGAGGCGUCCGGCGGUUUUGCUAGAGAAGAUCAACAAGUUGUUUCGGAAUCGAGCGAGCAAGCGUUCCGGUUGCUUGUUCGCCUUGGGCAGCGUUUUGGCGCGUUUUUGCUAGCGCGCCAGGGUGGUGGAGAAUACAAGAGGAUCGCGUCAGAUCGUGAUAUCAUGGCACAGAUAAAAGACAUGGCUUCUGUUGUCAACACGAUGGACAUCAGGACUAUAGAAAUAUCGUAG